AUGUCCACUAAUAAAAAUAAACAAAAGGCACUAGCCUCUUCUUCCCAAAACCCAAACAAGGGCCCAACAACAAAAAAACCCUCUCCCUUUGCAUUUGCAAACACUGAAUGUAAACUUAACUUGCCUGUCACUGAAGAGCAGCUCUUUGAAACGCUCAAAGGCUACAUCAAUGGCAUUGCCUUUCGCCAAGAAACUAACUUCCUUGAAGUCACCCUCAAAGAACCAACCAGGACCAAAACCCUCCUCACUGAGGGCAUCACCAUCGAGGACAAACUUAUCAUUCCUCUCCCCCCAAAGGAGGUUGCCCCCAGAACCCUACGAAUCAAACUGGCCAAUGUUCCUCUCCAUGUCCCAAGGAAAAAGCUGGAAGCGGAUAUCACCAACCAUUGGGCCCAGUUCACCAGUGUUAAAACCCUUGCCCCCUACACCUACAAAGGAACUGAAAUCCUAACUCGCCGAUGGGACCUAAUCGUCCAAAUUCCACCAGAAGACAAUGCCUUGAAAGCCCCUGUCACAUGGGAAUAUGAAGGCACUACAGUUCUUGCAAACUGGAGGGGCGCACCUCCAUCCUGUCUCUCUUGCAAAUCCGCUGGUCACUUUUCCAAUAUCUGCCCCACUUUCCCACCAAAAAAGACGAUGGCUGAGACCCUGAAGAAAUCGAUCGACAGCAGCACAAACAAAACCCCCAAGUUU